CGCGAGGCAGGCAGGUAGACCACGCCGCACGCCAGCCAGCGGCCAGCGCCCGCCCCGCCGCGCUUCGGCAUUUUCCCAUUUUCUCUCUCUGCCGCCGCUCCCUCCCGCGGCGGACUCGAUACCCCGCCUCUCCUCUCGCGAACUAGGGGGCAGCGGGCAGGUGCCGGCAGGCGGCUCGAUCCCUUCCUCCUCCCUCGUCGCGGGGACUGCUGCUGCUGCUGCCGUGACCGCGAGCAUGGCCACCGGCGCCGUUACGCCGCCGCCGCUGGCUGGCGCGCGGCGAUUCCCCCGUGGACGAAGCUUCCUCCACCGGCGCCUCGCUACCUCGCCUAUGAAAGAUGAAUCUGUGAUUUCCACAGAUGGUGGAAAUGAGGAGACAGACACUGACAGCCUCCAUGUUGCUAGAGGAUUGUCUCAUCCUGGGCUUUCGUCAAGUUUAUCCAAUAAGGCAUCAGUGGUCCCAACCCCUUUGCUUCCUUCUGGACAAUCUGAUCUCCGGUUCAAUCGUCUUCGACCCUCAAUUGAUGAAAGUGAUUGCAAAUACAAAAGAUUAUUUGGCUGCUAUGUUGCUCGUGAGGCUGUGAUCGAUGAGGAAUACUGGAUCGCUGCAUGGUUGAGAGCAGAAGAUCAGUAUGAAAAUGAGUCAGGCAAUCGCUAUGUUGAAAGCUUUAAAAGAAAGUUUGCAUCAAAGGAAUUCCAUGCAUUAAAGAAGAGAUGCAACACACAACAUAGAGAGAAGUAUAUCUGUCUUGUCGCGGUAAAGAACGAUGACAUCAGGCGAACUGUCCUGAAUAGUGUUGUUGGUACCUUAGAUGUAUGUGUAAGGCAUCCUCUAUAUGGGGAGAAAUUUCCUGAGGAGCCUGGAAAACCGUCUCUUCACUGUCGAAUUUAUCAGCCUGAUCAGCCAAAAUUUGGGUAUGUAACAAAUGUAUGUGUUGCUAAAUAUGCAAGGCGUCAAGGGAUUGCUAGCAACAUGCUGUUAUUGGCCAUAGAUGCUGCAAAACUUAACGGUGCUGAAAAUAUUUACAUUCAUGUGCAUAAAGAUAACUUACCAGCAUGGAGGCUCUAUGAUCAGAUUGGAUUCAAGAUCGUUGAUCAGGAUGACGAUUGUCGUUCAUCAGACCUGUGCUUACUCUCCUUCAGUUCAUAAGGCUUGCUGACUAGAUAGGAAUAGAAGGGACAUGGCCCCUAGUUCCAUCUCCCUGUCCAGGGAAAUGCCAUCAGUCCUCGCGAUUUGGAAAGGCGGGAUGGUAUGUGCCAAGUAAUACCUUCACCACCUUGUAUAUGAUGAAAGUGUUUCCAAAUGUUUGCGGCUUUCGAGAUUGUCACUAGAUCGGUGGCAGUUCAGAUCCACCAGAAUGUUUGAGGUAUCUGAAUACAUCAAAAGCUUCUGUCGUGU